AGUAAUUUGAAUAGUGUUAAACGACUUCAAAGAGAAUAUGCUGCUUUCUUAAAAUCACCACCACCAGACAUGACUAUUUAUUUGAUUGAAUCAUCUGUGCAUGAAUGUCAUUUUAGUUUCAAAGGACAAAGUGAAACAGACUUUGCUGAAGGAAUAUAUCAUGGUAAAUUUGUUUUCCCUUAUGACUAUCCAAAAAAUCCACCUGAAGUAUAUUUCUUUACUCCAAAUGGUAGAUUUGCUAUUAACACAAAAAUAUGUCUUUCUAUUACUUCAUUUCAUCCAGAAACAUGGACUCCUGUUUGGAGUAUCUCUUCAAUGCUUGAAGCAAUUAGAGCAUUUAUGUUAACCCCUGCAGCAGGUGCUGUUGGUGGGUUAGAAACUUGUUCAGAUAUAAAAAAAGAAUUUGCUAUAAAAUCACAAUAUUACACUUGUCCUAUUUGUGGUGCAAAUCACCAAGAAUUAAAGAAAGUAUUUAUGCUAGAAAAUGAAAGUAGUAAAAAAAAUUCAACUGAAAGUGUUGAACAUCAACCAAAAACUAGUACUUCUAAAGAAGUAUCAUCCAAAUUGUCAGACUCUGAUAAGAUUGAACAUAAAUUAGAAAAUAUAGAAAAAGAUAAUGAAAUAAUCACCGAGAAAGAUAAUAACAAUAAUCAAAAUCAAGAGAUUAUGAAAGAAGAAAGUAAUGUAAUAACUCCAAAUGAAAUAAAUAGUGAAAGUAAGGAGGAAUUACUUACAAAGUUAGAAGAUGAUGAAAUUUCAAAAGAUACAAAAGAAAAAGAAGAAGAAAUUACUCAAGAAGAUGAUGUUUUAACAAUUUUAAAAAAAAGACAAGAAGCAGAAAAAGAGAAAAUAAAACAUUUUCUUGAACAUGAAGAAGAAACAAAAGAAGAAAAUAAAAGAAAUGAACAAUAUGCAGUGAUUGAUGAAACAAUUAAUAUAAUCCUCUACUUAUCAAUCUUUUUGGUAAUUCUUAUGGUAUUAAAUUUACUUAAAAUAAAAAUAAUUAUGUACUUUCUAAAUUAA